AUGGCUUCAAUUUCACAACUUUCAGAAGAAGAGAGAAAUUUUACCCGAUUUUUAUUGCUGAACUUUAAGGUAUCCCUAGAAGUUGCCAGGAGAUUCUUUGAUGGAGUAUUUCCGCCAGCACACUUAGCUCAAGCUAUUAACAGAAAUGUAUCUGUCAUUAUCAAUUUAAACAAGUCGAAACGGAUCAAUGCUGUCCAAUUGAAUUUAUUAAGGGGUGUCCCAGGAACGGUAUGGAUACCCUAUCUCCCUCCGAUGCCUGUUGGAACAAAUGCUACCUCUUCGAAGGACUUUGAUCUGACAAUGAUCAUAUGUCUCCUGCGUAAUCUAGGAGGUCUUAUAACACCCUCUAAUGGAUGGGACCAACUUCCACAUCCGAAUGAUACGUUACCCGGAGCGGACUUGGCUACACUUAAGUGUUACAGAAAUCAGAUGGCCCAUGCGACAGUUACUACUAUGGAUAAUAAUGAAUUCACAGACAAAUGGACUCGCGUUGAAAAGGCAUUGACAUCUUUAAAUAAAGGUCAAUUUCCCCUUGAGGUCACUGAAAUCUUAAAUUACGAUCUUGAUGGAGAACAAGCAAAAAUAUUAGCCAUCGCAGAGAUAGAGCAACUGAAAAUAGAAUACGAAAAGGAAAAAGAACAGAUAGAAAGUGAUUUCUCGUAUUACAGAGAAGGAAAUCUUCCGAAAAAUAUUGCAGAUGCGAAUGCUAAUUUGGUUAAAACAUGGAUAACAGAUGACGAAAUAUUUUAUGAGACGAAGGGGACCAGACUUGUUUAUGAUAAAGUAAAGGAUUGUAAUUGUAUUUUGGUGACAUCUAAUUCAGGAUUAGGAAAGACAGCAACCAUCCGACAUAUCGCAAUAAAACUUAAAAUGGAGGGAUUUGAAAUUGUUCCAGUAGAGUCCCCAGAUGAUAUAAUCAAAUACAAAACAAAUAAGAAACAAGUGUUUCUUAUUGAUGAUGUUCUUGGUAAAUAUGAUUUAAGUCCGACUCUCUUGGGAAAAUGGGAAAGAAUAGACGAGAAGCUCCAAAGCUGCUUGAAGAAAAAAUUAGGUUCAAGCAAAUUAUUGUGUACAGAGAGAUUACAAAUAACACUCAGUAAAAGAUUUAAAAAUGCAUCAACAAUUUUAAACAGCGUUGUCAUUCAUCUAGAUCACGGGUCUAAUGGUCUAUCAAAAAGGGAAAAACGGAACAUAUUAAAGAAACACCUGAGAAAAAGUAACUUAGAAAUUAGCAGAGAAGAGAUUGAUAUAAUGUGUAAAAAUAAAUAUGCAUUUCCUCUCCUUUGUAAAUUAGUUUCAAAUUCUAACGAAAGAUUCAGAAAAAGAAUUGCAUUCUUUAGGCAACCAUUAUCACUGUUAAGUGAGGAACUUGAUAAAAUUAGUUAUGAAAAUAAGAAGCUAUAUUGCAUUUUGGUUAUAUGCAUGUUGUUUAAUGGUUCGUUAAGUAACAAUAUAUUUGACAUAUAUUCACAUGAAUUUGAUGAGAAAAUAAACAGAAUAAUGCAAACAUGCGGACUCCGAAGACACAUGUUUAAAAAAGAACUUGAGGAUAGCGCUUGGUCUGCUGUAGGAUCUUAUUUUACCAAGGACAGUCAAAGUUUCCGGUUUAUUCACGAUGCUCUAGAAGAAACUGUCGGUUGCCAUUUCUAUACGUUUGAUCCCAAGGUUAUUUUAUCAGAAUGUGAUAUCUCGUUUAUUACAGAUCGGAUUAGAGUUCGUUCUAAUGAAAGCAGUCCUGAAAUUGUUGAUGAAAAUAUUGUGCUUAUUAUGGAAGAUGAAUUAAAUGAAAACUAUCUUGAACCGUUAUUUAAUAGGUUGUGUGAUGAAUUAUCAAAUGGGAGAUUUUCUAGUUUGUUGAUGAGCGACCUUUUAAAAAAUAGAAACUUCGUGCGUUUAUUUGGAACCACUUUUGAUAAUAAACAUUCCACAAUGAAAUCAAAACUUACUUUUUUACUUAGGAAUAGUUCCGAGGGGAAACAAAGAAGUCAAUAUCUUAAUAAUAAAUUCUUCCAUAUUUUAUUAAAUGGAGAAUUCAAAGAUAAAACAGAUGCCAUUAGUCGAGUUAAAUGGGCAACCUAUGGAAGACGAACGCUUAUUUAUUGGACUGUAUCCGUCGGUCGCCUUGAAUUUUUUCUGUAUGCAUGGAACAAGAUGACAAAAUUAGAGCGUAAAUGGAUUCUGGGUAGAGAUUUUAUUAACCAAUAUUUAGUAAAGUCUCUUUUCCCUCUUGCUGUUCUGGGUGGUAGCUUAGAUAUUGUUAAAGAAUUAAUUCGUUCUGGUGCAGAUGUUAACUGCUUUUCCGAAUUUGGGGAAACCCCUGUAUAUAUAGCAGUCAAAUCAGGUCGUUGCAAAAUGGUACGCUUAUUAUUAGAAAAUGGGGCACAAGUAAAUUUAAGAAGAUGGUUUACAAUGAAAAUACCAAUUUUGGUAGCCUCAAAUAAAAAAUUAACUAAUUUGAUCCUGGAAUAUGACUUGAACCAGACAGAGCUUCAUAAAGCAGUCAGAUGUGACGACUUAGAAAGUUUGAGAUCAAAACUUGGAUCGGAGGAUGUCGAUUCUAAAACAAAGAGCGGGUGGACAGUCCUUCAUUACGCCGUAUUAUUAAAUAAUUUACGAGCUGUACAGGUUUUGUUCCAUGAAGAAUUGACCCAAAAUGAUAAUUCAUGUUUUGACUUUGAGCAAGUUCACCAAGUAAAAGUAAGCAUAGCUGACAAUAACGGACUUACUGCUGUCCAUCUAGCAGUGAUAAACAAUAAUAUCGAUAUAUUAUCUGUUCUACUACGUAAUAAAGCUGAGGUAAAAAUUCGUGAUGAUUUCGAUAGAACACCUUUACAUUACAUAUCGAGUGAAAGUACAACAAAAGUAUUGCUAACGCAUAGCUCUUGGCGACAGUGUUCACUUGAGAAUAAUCGAUUCCCAGAGAAUGGAAGACAAUAUAAUAAAACACCGAUAUUAGCUUUCAGGACCACGUGUUUUAAUAUCGCUAUACAUACUGCUUUGAGGGAUGUUUGUCGUGACUUUGUAAACAUGCCAGACAAAGAGGGUAACACACCCUUACACUCUCUUAUAAAGAGAAGAAUUUUAAAAGAGGAAAGCCAUAGAUGUAUAGAAACAUUGCUAGAGAAUGGGGCUAACCCUUAUUUAUGUAAUGACUAUGGCGUUUCAGCCAAUGGAUUAAUUCAAAGCAGUUUUGAUACAGUUGAAUAUAUAAGCGAUAGAAAAUUCAUCGAGAAGUAUUAUAUAAGAUUGAGAUAA